UAAAGAGCUAUAAAACCAGAACAUACUUCAUUGAUCCAUUCAGAUUCAGACCGGGUUUUUAGUACUAGUAUUCUCUGAACAUUCGUCUUGUGCAGACGCAUAAUACUGUUAAGUUCCAUUGAAAGACAUUUUUGGAAAAGAAAACAUUAUGCCAAUGAAGUUAUAUGGUGUUUCUGAUGGGCCUCCAACGCUGGGUGUCCGUAUGACUUUGAAAGCACUUAACAUUCCAUAUGAAUAUGUCAAUGUUAACUUCAACAAGGGGGAGCAUUUAACUGAGGCCUACGCAAAGUUAAAUCCUCAAAGAGAGAUUCCGGUCUUGGAUGACAACGGAUUUUAUCUGCAAGAGAGUAAUGCUAUAAUCCAGUAUCUUUGCGAUAAAUAUGCCCCAAACAGUUCUCUGUAUCCCAAUGACGCCACUGCCAGGGCAAUCGUUAACCAGCGUUUGUUUUUCAAUAUGGGUUUCUACUACAGCAGCAUUGGAGCCUAUGCACUAGCACCAAUUUUCUUUGACUACCAAAGAACUCCAAUGGGUUUGAAGAAAGUGGAAAAUGCUUUGAAAGUUUUCCAGAUUUAUUUGGAACGUUUGAAUUCUAAGUACGCUGCUGGUGAUAAGCUUACUGUUGCAGAUUUUGUUCUCAUUACAUCGACAAUGUGUCUGGAAGCUAUUGGAUUGGAUAUUUCGGGUUAUCCGCUAGUUCUAGAAUGGUAUGAAAUGUUUAAGAAGGAACAACCAGAACUUUGGGAGAUUGCAAAAGCAGGAAUGAUUGAACUUGCUGAAUAUAACAAAAAUCCUCCAGAUCUAUCGGAGAUGAAUCAUCCAUUCCAUCCAACAAGAUCAGUAAAAUAAUUUGUUUUAUUUUUGUGUAUGCCGUUACUUUUGUAUUUUAUUUUUUAUACGCAAAUUAAAGAAAAAUGAUAAGAUUUUUAAA